UUACGUGUCCUGAGGGUAAACAUAUGUGUAAGUACACCCGGAGCUGCUUUGAUGAAGAGGACAAAUGCGAUGGAGUGCUCAAAUGUGAGGACGGGACCGAUGAGGUGGGAUGCGCGUGUCCCGACGCGUGGAGGGAGCGAUGCGGUGAUGGACACUGCCUCGUAAGAACUCAGAUAUGUAAUCGUCGUGUGGCUUGUUUGGACGAUGAAGUCAACUGUACCUUCACCUGUGACAAUGGCAAAACACUUCGACAAUCUUUCGUUUGUGAUGGAUUUAACGAUUGCAUUGACAACUCGGACGAGGAACAAGAUUGUGAAUGCCUGCCUUUCCAGUACACAUGCGCAGACGGUAAAUGUAUACACAUUAACAACAAGUGCAAUGGAAUUGCCGAUUGUGCAGAUGGAGAUGACGAAGAAGAUUGCACUUGUGCGAGCUGGCAGUUUGAAUGUACCGACUCGACCUGUAUUCCAGGCUGGUUGACCUGUAACGGAAAUGACGAUUGUUCAGACGGAAGUGACGAACAAAAUUGCCCAACCUGCCCGGGAAGAUACUAUCGUUGUGCCGACCACCGAUGCAUCUCCCUAGAUAUGUUAUGCGAUGGCACACCAAAUUGCGCCAAUAACGAGGAUGAGGAAAACUGCGAACCCACCUGCAGUCCAACCGAAUUCACAUGUCCAGACGGCACAUGCGCAGUCAAUCUCACAAGUUGUGACGUCAUGACGACGACGACGACAAGAAUGCCCUCGACAACGUUGGCGACGACGAUGCGACCGCCUUCGACGAUGAUGCACGGAGUCAUGACAUCUGAACCUAUGUCGAUGAAAACUACAAAGACACCAGUAAUAUGCGAAGAUUCUGGUUUUGCGUGUAACAAUGGAGACUGCAUCAAGCAAGAAUACCGCUGUGACGUCAUAAAAGAUUGUGAUGAUGGUGAAGAUGAAGAAAACUGCGAUCCUGCAGACAUAACGAACAGUUGUGACGGUUUUGGACCGACGGAUCGUUUUGUUUGCGAUGGUCGCAGAGAUUGCACCGACGGAUCCGAUGAAGACAACUGCCAUUGCGGUGACCGUCCCAUCAUGGAUGCCAAUAUCAUCAUGGGUGCUGCAGUGACGACACGGGGUAAAUGGCCCUGGCAGGCUGGGCUGAUCCGUUCCAAGACCACACCCUUUUGCGGUGGUACCUUAAUCAACAGAAAAUGGGUUCUGACUGCCGCUCACUGUGUGGUCGGAUUGCAUGGUGGGAAAGUCUAUCUCGGUAUCACUAACUGGAAAACCGGCAGGGAAGACGGACAGACCAUUCCGAUUGAACGGAUCUGGAUCCAUCCAAACUACAGCGGUGAUCCGGCUCACCAAAAUGAUCUCGGAAUGAUCAAACUGAAGGAACCGGCUACCCUCAAUAACUAUGUCCAGCCAGCUUGUCUACCGCCGAUGGACUACGUCAUUGCUGACGGUACUUACGUCACAGCCACUGGCUGGGGAUCCAUCGUAGAGAGCAGUGAUAGUCCACCAGACCUACAGGAGAUCCGUCUGCCGAAAGUUCCUCUGGAGUACUGCAGGAACCACUACUCACUAGAGCUGUUGGAUAGUGUGGUUUGCGCUGGAUACUCAAAUGGAUUUAUUAGUACCUGUUUUGGUGAUAGCGGAGGACCCCUGGUGUCUGACAUCAAUGGUACCUGGUAUUCCAUCGGGAUGGUGUCGGCAGGAGAAUCAUGCGGUGGGCCAUAUAGGCCAAACAUCUUUACGGGUACCGUUAGCAAUCUGGACUUUAUCAUCAAGACUAUGGAAGGGAAUUGAUAACUGCAUAAGUUAUAGUAUUUAGUUCAGUAUUGAAUAGAACUACAAGUAUGACUCAUGCCUAAGUCUUUUACUUAGAGAUUUAUAAUAAUAAUAGCUAGUUCUUGUAUAGCGCUUUUCAGGA